CCAUUAAGAACGGCACGACUUCAGUGUUUUUCACACAAGAUCAUGCCAAGAUCUCAUCAUCACGUCAUCUCGUCUUCAGUUUUUCACUUCACAACUUCUUCUUAAUUUUUCUUUUGUCUCUCACAAACACAAUUCUCAUCUCAUUGUAUUCGAUACAAACACCAAAACAUAUAUCUAUAGAUACCCUCAAUCACAAAAAGUAGUAACUCGAUUUCGAUCACAAACUCCCCAUAUGUAUCUUUGUUAACCCUAACAAAUUUUUGAUUUCAUUCUAGAUCCCGGCCUUACAUUCUCUAUAUCAGAUUAUAUAUAAAAAAUAAUAUAAGAUGAGGGGCAGAGGUGAAAAAGAUGAACUUGGUUUUAAAGAUUCAUCAUCAGCAAUUGGAUUCUUAUUGAAAGUAUUAUUUUUAUUAAUACUAUUUGUCAUGGGAGUUAUAAUUGGUUUGACAUCAAGUUCACAUAUUGAUAGAUAUUUUACUUCACAACCCCAAAACUUUUAUAUAGAUUAUGUAUCUAAUACUCCUGCUGCUGCCCCUGCACCUACUACCAUUGCUACAAGAAAGAAUAAUACUUAUAGUUCUAGUACUUGUGAAGAUUGUUUGAAUAUGGAGAGUUUUAAAAUGCCUAAGAAUUUGACUCAUCGAAUGACGGAUAACGAGCUCUUUUGGAGAGCUUCGUUAGUUCCUGACAAACCCGAAUACCCAUUUGAGAGAGUGCCUAAGGUUGCUUUUAUGUUCCUCACAAGAGGCCCUCUUCCGUUUUUGUUGUUGUGGGAGAAGUUUUUUAAAGGGAUGGAUGUGAGCAAGUAUUCGAUUUAUGUGCAUACUAAUCCUGGGGUUUAUUUGAAUGUUACCAAUUCUUCGGUUUUUUACAAUCGUCAGAUUCCUAGCCAGGAUGUGAGAUGGGGAUCUGUUAAACUCGUUGAUGCUGAGAGGAGACUUUUAGGCAACGCCUUGCUUGACUUCUCUAAUGAACGAUUUGUUCUUCUAUCAGAAAGUUGUAUCCCGAUAUACAACUUCCCGACUAUUUAUGAUUAUCUCAUUGGUUCAUCCUACAGUUUUCUCGACUCCUAUGACGAUCCGUCUCGUUAUGGAAGGGGGCGUUACAGUCGACGCAUGAAACCUGAUAUCAAACUCCGUGAUUGGAGGAAAGGGUCUCAGUGGUUCGAGAUUCAUCGCACUCUUGCCAUCAAAGUAGUGUCAGAUACAAGGUACUAUACUCUCUUCAAAUGGUAUUGCUUGCCUUCCUGCUACCCAGAUGAACAUUAUCUGCCAACAUUUGUAAACAUGUUUUAUGGCAGUCUCAAUGCUAAUCGGACAGUAACAUAUGUUGAUUGGUCAUUGGGAGGCCCACAUCCGGCAAUGUUUCAGGCCGAGCAUGUUACAGAGCAUUUAAUACAAUCUAUUAGGAAUAAUGGAACAAGCUGUUCCUAUAACAAAGAUUCAACUUCGAUUUGCUUCUUGUUUGCUCGGAAGUUUCACAAAAGUGCACUUGACCCUUUACUCGGCCUUUCAUCGACCCUGCUUGGAUUUUGAAGGUUUUGGUGCUUUCUUUUUAUCGGUUUUCUUUUUUGGAUGGGAAGCUUUAACGAUAUGCAUUCCCAAUAUGUUGUAGAUUUUGUUCAUUUUUCUUUAGCAACAGUAUACUUGUAAUUUGCUAGUACUUAUGGGCUUUGAUCGGUCAAAAGAAAUUAUACUCGAAUAUUGCAUUUGUAAACAUUUCAAAGAAUAAACAUAAUAAUUUAAUAAA